AUGGCAACUGCCUGCAAGUACCAUGCGUCUCCCAUCUGUCAACACUGUGCCCACCAAGAGCCGCGGCUCAACGAGAACACCCAGCUCGUCGGCAAGGCGUGCGUGCUGGUUCCCUACGAGAAGUCGAUGGUCGAGACAUACCACGAGUGGAUGCAGGAUCCGGAGUUGCUGGAGCUGACGGGCUCCGAGCCCCUGACCUUGGAGGAGGAGCACCAGAUGCAGCAGACGUGGCGCGAGAGCGAGGACAAGUUGACCUUCAUCGUCCUGGAUCGCAGCCUCCCACCUGAUCCAGAGAUGGGGGAAGCGGGAGUCAUGGGAGCCAUGGUCGGGGACGUGAACGUCUUCUUCCCCCAGGCAGGCCUGGUCGAGGAGGAGGGCUUGAGUCUAUAUGAGGCUGGCGAGAUCGAGGUCAUGAUCGCCGUAAGCUCUUCGCGACGGCGCGGGCUAGCCAAGGAGGCGCUCGGCAUGCUUCAGGACUAUUGCAUAGAGCACCUGGGCACGAAACACUUCGUUGCAAAGAUCAAGGAUCACAACGGGCCCUCCGUUGCUCUGUUCGAGCGUUUGGGCUACCGUUUCAUGAAGCACGUGGAGGUCUUUCAGGAGUUGGUCUAUCAGCUGGAUGUUGUGCAGAUGCAACAGGGAGAUUCAAAGUUGAAUGAGGACGGAACGGAGCCAGCCUGA